UCACUUAUUUGCCAGUUAUGGCCCAGCAUCGAGCUAAAUAUACUAUUGUUGUCUGUUGAUUCUUUCUGCGCGUACUUUUAGGCCCUUCUUGGAUAAAAUGAAAACAAAUAAACAAGUAGUAUUUGUGUGAUAAUAACUUUGUUCAUAAGCAUCAGAAAUCACGUAUUUAUUCAACAGAUUCUCAACAUGGGGAUUUUACUGUCAAGGUUUCGCAAAAAGAAGACAACUCUAGAACUUCUAGAAGAACUGGAUAAAGAUAUCAAAGUCAUUGAACAAUAUGGUCAGAAUACAGAACAAAGGCAUAAAAAAAUUGUGGGAACUUUGAUUAUCUAUAGCAUUGCUCUGUACAUAAUAACAGCUUUGGUUUUUUACUUUCGAUUCUUCCCUGCGGAGCUGUAUGAUCAAGUUUUUUACAUGACACCUCUACUUAUUUUUCCAAUAUUAAUAUUAUUCACCAAAAGAAUAGUUUCUUGGUACUACAAAAGGAAAAUUUCAAAAAAUCACGAUAAACUUCAAAAAAUGCAGACUCAAAAGAAAAAAAUUUUAGAAGAAGUCACUGAAACUGAGACUUAUAAAAAAGCUAAGGAAAUAUUAUUAAAAUUUGCUCCAGAUCAGCUCAAAAUAACCUCACCAUACAAACAAUCUGAAACACCAGAGACACCGAAAUUUGGCACUCCACAGGCUAUUGUCCCCACAAUGCAACCUGAAACAGAACUACGUCGACGAACGAUUAUUUCGCAAAAUGUUUUAGCAAAUAAAAUAGUCUCACCGGGACCAAUAGGUAAUGCAGCUAUUGGCACUCCUCAACGCACAACCGGCAAAUUAUCUAAUGUCGCAACGCCUACCUAUAAGUCUCCAUUACCAAGACCUAUUUUGCCUCAACAAAGAAAUUACGUUGAUAAAUUAAUAGAAUAUGUUGUUGGGGAUGGACCCAAUAAUCGUUAUGCAUUGAUUUGUCGUCAGUGUGAUUCUCAUAAUGGUAUGGCUUUAAAAGAAGAAUUUGGAUAUUUUGCAUUUAGAUGCUGUUACUGCAACUUUUGGAAUCCAGCAAGGAAGCAAAAGCCUUCAGCACCUAAGUUAGAAUGUGACAAUGAUGCAGCAAUUCCUAGAAGAUUAUCGUUUCAGAUGAGUAAAUCUACUGAAAAUCUAACACAAAUAAGUGCCAAAAGUAAAAUAAGUCCUGAAAAUGAAAACAGUAAUGAAAUUCAAUCACAAGUCUUAGAAAAAAAAGAAGACAAGGUAGAUGAUGUAGUCAAAGAUGAGGAUAAUAUCAAAGAAGAAAAUAAUGAAGUCAAAGAAUCCCCUAAUGAAAAAAGUGAAGAUGUUAAAGCAACAGAAUGAAGCAUUGUUUUAAAAAUGGAAUACAUUUUAUGAAUCUCCAAUACAAGUUAAAUCAAUCAAACCUGUUGGAAAGUGUUUUUCAAGGUAACCCUCUGUGAAUUGUGUGAAGUAUAAUUGAGUGUAUGUAUUAUAAUACAAUUACCAUUUUGAAUUUUUGUGUGAUAAAUGAAAUAAAAUAGAAUUAGUAGUUUAGGAAGUGUUAACCAAGAAAUUGAACAUAAAAACGACGUGUCUUAGUUAUGUGUAUUUAUGCUGUUUUAACUAAAGUUUGUCUGGAAUAUUUAAUUGAAAAGAAAAAUUACUUUUAUAUAUUCAUUAGUUUGUGACUUUAAGAAAGUCACAGAAAAUUUUGAUCAUCAGUGUUUGUUUUGUUUUUUUUUGAGAAUAAUCUCCAUUAAAAUAACUUUACUUUGAAUUUUGAUGAGAUACUGAAGCCUGUAUGGAAAUAAUAAUUUUCAAAUCCUUUUUUUAUUCUAUUGAAUAUUUUUCUAAAAACCUUUUUGCAAAUUCGACAAUUAAGGCUAUUUAUGAGCCAUUUAAAAAAAUAUUCAAUAAAAAUUGUAAAGUGUACUGAAAAUAUAUUAUUUUCACCGUGGCUCUGAUGUCUCUACCUUAUAAGAGAUUCUAACUGUAAAAACUGUAAGUUUUCUAAGACUCAUACAAGUUAUGUAAAUAAAAUUUAUUUUGAACAUA